AUGUGCCCCGUGGUCAGCCCUGGCGAGCGCGUCCCUGAGCGCCCCGCCAGUCAAUUCCAAUACGCUCAGCCUAGAACCGCCCAUCGACCAGCCAUGCGGUCUCUGCGCCAUUUGAUUGUCGAUCCGCGGGAGCAGCCGGCGCGGAGGAGACGGUCCCCAAGCUAUCCGCGACGGAUGCCCUCACGACGGAGUGAUCCUUUCCGAGUUUUCUUUCCGUUUCUUCGGCGGGCUUCUGACAGCGAUGAUGUAUGGAAGGCCGACGAAUAUCGGCCGCGAGGUCGGGGGCGAUCGCCUCGGCCUGUCAUUGUGACACCAGAUGUACCGCCCAUCAAUCGUGAACCCCGAGGUAUUCCAAGAAGACGGCCUCUAGGUUCGAAAAUCAGGGUCGUCUCCCCACCACCAGAGCCUCUAUACAAGGAGGAACCAAUGCGACCUCGCCGCGGAAUGUCACCUGCUUCACCUUCUCUCUCACCCCGGAAUCCAGGUACUAUCCGUCAUCCGGUCAUCAUUCAUCAGGAGUCAAAGCCACGGCCAAGUCCGAUCCCUUCUUCCAGCUCAUCCGGAUAUCAGUUCAGGAAUCCAUGGCGCAAUAGAUCUCCAUCUCCAGGUCCAUCCAACUGGCAUCGCAAGGGACCACGGCCGAGUCCGUCUUCGUCUCCAGGACCACCGAAACCUCAGGAGGAGCCACAGCCACAACUAUCACCAGUAGGAGUACCAAGUACUGAUGCUCCAGCAGCACCUCUCACCCCACCCCGGAAGAGAGAGCGACGCCCCAGGGAGCGUUCCCCAUCUAUCGAGCGUGUACAAGUUCGCAAAACACGUUCUUCCCCAACCGUUCCGGUGGAGGUGCACAACCCUCCAGCUCCAGACAGCAGCCCCAAACCGGUGCCAGCGUCAAGCACCCCAUCUCCAGGGAGUGGGCCCCGCCACGUGCAGUUUUCCGACAUAGUGGACCACCUCUCCAUAUCCGGUGAGAGCAAUGUGCCCUCUUCUCCGACCGGCCCUCCGCGCUUCUAUAGACAGUUUGGCAGCGCAAGCCGCCGUAGGUCACCGACUCCUGGACCUACCCCCAGACUAGGAGGAGGAAGAGGUCGCUCAAGCUCAGAAAGGAUUAGAUAUGUGUAUGCGUCUCCUGCUGCGAGUCGUUCAUAUCCCCCGGGCGUUGAGGUGCUGAUUGUGACUCCGCGCAGGUAUCGGCCGGAAGGAAUCACCCUACCACUAAGUCGGGCGACCGAUAUUUGCGAGGUUGAGCCUGGGAGAAGGAGUUCAUCGUCUGGACGGGCUGCUAGGGGGGUUUUGGACGGGAGCGGUUUGCGGGUGGAGGCUCGGCGUAGACGUGGGAUGGGGAGGGAGGAGCUGGGAAGUAGCGCGAGACCGAGGAUCAUAUCACUGUCACCACCCAGAGGGCGAUGGAGACCGAGAGUGGGUGGGACUGAGCGGUAUGGGGGUUUCGACUUGGGAGAUGGACGCGUCGUUAGGGAUCAGGGUGGUUCGGCGCGUGUGUGGAGAUGGCUGUGA